UAUGGGCAACUGGGCAACUUUUCCUUUGCACAGGUUUUGAUAAAUCUCCCCCUUUGAGUCCAAGUUCUUACAUUCAUCCAAGUCAAUCAGAUACUCUCAGGAAAGAUCCUGAAGGCAGAAAGCAAAAAAAAUAAAAAUAAAACAUUUUAAUUAGCCAGCAGCUUGUUACAUAAGAAACUGCAUAAAAAGAGAAGGCAAAACUAAUAGGAUCUAAAGAGAUAAUACAUCUCAAGAACCUAAAGCCACCUUAGUUUCUACCUGAAAUAGAAAGCAUUACAUUUGCUAAUUCCUUCUGGUUGCCAUAGCUAUAGUCCCGGCUCCUCCACCUCCCACCACAAACACUGCCUCAGGGGGAUGAGGGUCUGCGGUCAGCCACCCUCCUUCUUGCUAACGCACCAUUCACAUUCACAGAGAUCCUCCCUUUUUUUUUUUUCUAGAAUGGAUGGCUUUGAAAAUUGGAAAACAGCUGCCCCGGUACAGAAUAUGAGGAACAGCGUCAACAGCAGCAAAGACAACAACAACACAUGAAGCCUUGCUGCACGUCUACGCUUCCAUAAAUCCCUGCCUGCUCCAGACCAGCGUCUCCACAGACCACCAGCAGGGAGGAAAGACCAAGAACCAGGACAUUCUGGAGAACUAUCCACAUGGUCCUCAACAGUCCAAAUCUACUAGGAGUACUGAAUCAACACUUGCUGGCGCUGUCAGUCAUAUAUAAGGUAAUUGCCCUUGUGUCGACCUUUGGGACCGAUGCAACACCACCUCUUGGGUCUCAGGAACGCCCUCUUCUUCUGGAGCCCUGGAUGUUCCUGACGUAGAAGGACCGCCUUGAGGGCUGGACUCAGGAGUUGUACUUGGUCCUGGACUGGUUGGAUCCAUACGAACUGGUGAAGUUGGAUCUUGAUUGGAGGCAGACGUGACAGGAGACAGAUUAGAAGCAGGGAGACCAGACGUCUGGCUAACUUUUGAGAAGGCUCAAGCGCUCUAAUGCUGGCUUGUCUGUGCUAAGGAGGCUAAUGUGACAUUGCAGCCUCUUAAUCCUACUCUGUUAUGUCAUGUGACUCAGAAAAGUGACUUAUUGCCCUGGAGCACAAGCCAGCAUCCGCAGACCUGCUGAAUCCUUCCCUAAGGCUGGAAGCUGUGCCUGAAAAGUAGACACUUCAGAGCCGAGGAGAUAGAAUAAAGCAGCGCUUGCAGCAAACCAGAGAAUGAAACAGAAGAACUCUGAAAUACCUUCAUCUGGCGCAAUGACAAGGAGAGGCGUAGUGUCUCCUACAUAAGGAGAAAAACAUUCUGGCUGCAAGAAUUUUGGGGGAUUAAAAAACUCAAUGCUACCUUUCAAGUGACUUGAAGGCAUUUCCUUCUAAAUAAGAUAACAGUGCUUCCUCCUUAACGUUGGACAUUUUUGGACCCUUUUGAUACUUGGACCACCUGGCUGUGACCUGUGGUCUGUGACUCUUAUAUUCUACGGUUGUAUAAUACGACUACUACACAAAGGCGCCCAAAUGUUGACCAUGACGGCAAUGUACAUGAAUGGAGGGGUUCAGGGGAACCAGCGGUACUCCCGCUGGAACCGGCAGGAGAACCUGGAGGAUUACGUCCGUGCAGAGUGCUAUGAAAAAGAUGGAGAAGGGAAGCAGCGCAAAUUAACACCCUUUGAGAAGAUGACGCAUGACAUGUCACACGAUGAGAAGACAGUCAAGGAGAUGGCGCUGGGUAAAAGGAUCGGCCUAUAUAGGUUGCGAGGGGAAAUUGGAAGCGGAAAUUUCUCACAAGUGAAACUUGGGAUCCAUGUACUUACCAAAGAAAAAGUUGCAAUAAAAAUUUUGGACAAGACCAAGCUGGACCAGAAGACACAGCGCCUGCUAUCUCGAGAGAUUUCCAGUAUGGAGAAACUGCAUCACCCUAAUAUCAUCAGACUGUAUGAGGUGGUGGAGACCCUGUCUAAGCUGUAUCUUGUCAUGGAGUAUGCGGGAGGUGGAGAGCUUUUUGCCAAAAUCAAUACAGACGGAAAAUUAUCUGAAGCAGACAGCAAAGUGAUCUUCUCACAGAUAGUGUCCGCUGUAAAGCAUAUGCAUGACAACCAAAUCAUACAUAGAGAUCUGAAAGCAGAAAAUGUCUUCUACACAAGUAACACAUGUGUGAAGGUCGGAGACUUUGGAUUUAGCACAAUAAGUAAAAAAGAUGAGACUCUAAACACCUUUUGUGGCUCUCCUCCAUAUGCUGCCCCAGAACUUUUUCGAGAUGAACAUUACGUUGGUGUUUAUGUUGAUAUCUGGGCGUUAGGCAUACUGCUAUACUUUAUGGUGACAGGCAGUAUGCCAUUCCGAGCAGACACUGUGGCCAAAUUAAAAAAGUGCAUUCUUGAUGGAACUUAUACCAUUCCUCCCUACGUAUCUGAGCCCUGCCAGAGGCUGAUCAAAGGGAUGCUCCAGCCUAUACCUUCGGAAAGAUGCAGCGUGGAUUAUAUCAUGAACAGUGAAUGGAUGCAAGGCAUCCAGUAUCCAAAACCAUUAGAGCCCGUCAAACUGGAUCCAAAACACUUGUUAGAUAUGAGUACCCUAAAGGACGAUGAAACAGAAGUAAAGACCACUCUGGAAAAUUUGGGCAUUACAGAGGACCAUAUUCUUAACAAUCGGGGCAAAGACUCUCGCAGCUCAAUCACAGGGAUAUAUCGGAUCGUUCUGCACAGGGUCCAGAAGAAGAGAGCGGUGGAGAGUGUUCCGAUAAUAACAAACCCAGAACCAAAAGAAAAGAACACAAAGAGGCCUCACCGAAUCCGCCGAGAAAUAAGGCACACAUCUAAAUUUUGUUCCAUUUUAUAAAAUGUUUUAUUGACAAAAUGAACUGAAAUGAACUGAGAGAUGAGAGGCUGCUUACUUAUUUUUUUUUAUCUUUUUACACAAAUUUUCAGUGAUGCCUUUAAUACCUUUUUGCAAAUAUUUCACCCUCAAACAGAUACUAUGUUUGUAUGAAUGAUUUGCUCUGAGGAAUUUGAGAGUGCCAAUGCUGUCGCUCAGCAAGUCCACAACCACACAAUACAAGAACAGGCAGCAACUAGGGGUUUUGUUGACUAAAAUGCAUCCACCAGUCACACACUUAAUGGUGCCAUAGUAAUCUCAUGGUUAUAGGGUUAUUAUUACAUUAAAUGUUGGUGCACUACUUUUAUUUUUAAUACGUCUACCCUAUUACUUUAAAACUCCUGCUGCCAGUACUAGUUUUGAUCUAGAGAUUCAGACCUCUAUAAACUGAGCCAAUGGCCAAAACCUUACAGGACUUUAUUGAAAUAGUAGUUAUUGGUGCAAAAGAUAGAUUACUUGAAUCUACAGAUCAAGGUUGCUAUUGUCAUCAGUAAUAGAUGUUACAGAGUCACAGGUUAUGAACCAAUGAAAUGAAUGCUCCAGGUAUAAUCGUACCAGUGUUGUCCAGCGUUAAGGGUCUAUUCACACUUACAGUAUCCUGCGCAUAUAUGUAGCUGCAGAUUUGAAGCUGUGUUCAAUCACUUAGUUUACAUUGAAAUCUGCGGCAUAACAUCUGCAGCUUCAAAUCCUGUGCAUCAAAUAUGCGAAGGAUACUGUACAUGUGAAGAGACCCUAAAGGGAAUCUGUCCCAUUAAAAAAUGUAGUCCAUUCUAUGGACAGCAUGCUAUUGAGUGAGAAGAGCUGAGCAUAUUAAUGUACAGUUUUGUAAGAACUUCUUUUAUGAUUCUUUAGUGUCUUCUUGAACUAGUUAUGUAGUGAAGCACUGCAGAUUGCCUGGGAUAUGAUACAUGGAUAUACAUAAUUCUUCUCCUCACUGCUUUAACCAUUAACCAGCUGCUAGUCAAUAGAUAUGGGAACAGCACCCUCUUGAGUUGUCCAUACUAGAAGUUCCACUCUAGUGCCUUGGUUCAGAUCAUGGUUCACGUUUUUUGAACAGUUUUUAAGAAAGACAUUAAUAUAAUAUCCUCUAAUGCUGCAUAGUUGUUAUGCAGGAUGAUGAUUCCAUCUAUGUAUCAAUACUCUAUGGAUGGAAUUGCACUUUAUUUAGGAGCAAAUCUUCUCUAGCUGCCCUAGAUAUAAAUUACAAAGAUCAAAAACUCACUUAAAAGGCUGUAUUUUUCAGAUUGUCUUCUUCUAUUGUUUUCCGAGAUAGGUAGUGCCUGAGAGUAAGGUGUUCUUCAUAAUCAAAAUAACCCAACAUGCUGGAAGUGUUCCAUAUCUUUUCAGCCAUACUGCCUGGCUCUUUUACUGGGCCAUAGGUUCAGGACCAGUUGGCUCUUCUAGGCUUUACUACCUCUCCUUGAAUUAAAGAGUCGCAGUUGCUUUUUAGCAGUCAUAUAAAGGGAACUUCACAUUUCAUGCUGUUUAAACCAAGAGGUGGUCUGUGCUGAUUUAUUGAUAUCUGCCUAUACCCAAACAUGAAGAAAUGUACCCAUCAAGGCUGGUUGCUGAUGACAGGUUCCCUUUAAGCCUUACAGAAUCUGGGGUUGUCAUAACCUGCAGUCAUAACCUAGGAAACCUUUGAUGAUGGGAUACAUAGUUCUCAGUAUGCAGAGGCUCAGCUGCGUAGUUUGGGUCAACGUGACCGUGAAAAAUUUAGCAAUGAUUGGUACAGGAUUAAAAUAGUGAGCAGCAGAUAGUUUAAUGCUGGAAUAAAGUAGCUGUAUAUAAUAAUAGAUUAGUAAUCACUAUCCUCUUGAGACAUCAGAUAAGUGAAUACGUGACAAUUUACAGGUCGUAAGGGUGUUUAUGCCCCUUAACAAGGAUGAUAGAAAGAUCACUCUAAUCUGCACUGCGCCUCUGCAUAUUCCUUGGGGUAUCCUUGAAGUUACGUUCUUAUUAGAUUUUACAUUUGUCACAUGAAGCAAUACUAGUAGAGGCAAACAGAAUACCUACACCCCAUAGGGACUCCGUGUGCCUCUACAAAAAGGAGAACUUAUGAAAAACACUCAAUUAUUAAACCUUAUUUAUACUCUACCUCUCAAUGGGAACAGCACAUAAUUUAGCAGCGGACUACGCUUUUGAGACCACAAAAUAAAAGUAUAUGUCCGGGUAAUGAACUGAACUAGUCACUAGUAGACUAUGUUCAAACCAUUUAAGGGGAGCUGUCAGCUGCAAUUCACCAUGACAUAAAAAAAAUGCUUUUAUUCUCUGGUGCCAAGUGUCAAAGAGGUGCUUCCAAACCCUUUCAUUUUCUAAAGGCUGGAAAGACUCCUUUCUCCCUCUUUCACCCAUGUCCCUGUUUAAUUGACAGUCAGCUGGAAGCCGAGCCCUGUCUCCAAUAUCGCACUUGUGCACAAUUUGUAUGUACAACACAGAAACUUGAUUUGGAAACAGGGCUCAGUGUUGAAAGACGAGCUGUGAAGGAGGGGCAGACUAAUGUACUGUAUGAGGGAUGUUGUAGUUUUUAAAGAGGUACUCCACCCCUAGACAU